AUGUGCCCGGGUCCUAAUCGUGCGAUCUGGACACCUCAGCUGAUGCAACUCCAUUGCAUCACGGGAGCAUUCUCUGAGCGCGACAUGCGAUACUGGGCGACUCCGAAAAACAUAAAUUGUGUACACACAAAUUUCCUUGUGUAUGUGUGUCGUAUUUUGUGCCUUGGCACGGAAAUGCAUGUGAACAAAAAUUUGUGUAAGACACAUUUAAUGCCAAUUCACCCUCAGUGA